GGCCGGGGCCGCGGCGGGGGCCGAGUCGGCCGAGGGGCCCCCGGGGCCGGCGGCGGCGCUGGAGCUGUGGCUCAAUAAAGCCACAGACCCAAGCAUGUCAGAACAGGAUUGGUCAGCUAUCCAGAAUUUCUGUGACCAAGUGAACACUGAUCCCAAUGGCUCAACCCAUGCACCUUGGCUACUGGCCCACAAGAUCCAGUCUCCACAAGAGAAAGAAGCUCUUUAUGCCUUAACGGCGCUGGAGGUGUGUGUGAACCACUGUGGGGAGAAGUUCCACAAUGAGGUGGCCAAGUUCCGCUUCCUGAACGAGCUCAUCAAAGUGUUGUCCCCAAAGCACCUAGGCUCCUGGACCACAGAGAAAGUUAAAGGAAGAGUCAUUGAAAUACUCUUCAGUUGGACGGUCUGGUUUCCAGAAGACAUCAAGAUCCGAGAUGCUUACCAGAUGCUGAAGAAGCAAGGAAUCAUAAAGCAAGACCCUAAACUACCAGUGGAUAAAAUCUUGCCCCCACCUUCUCCCUGGCCCAAGAGCUCCAUCUUUGAGGCCGAUGAAGAAAAGUCAAAGCUUCUGACAAGGCUUCUGAAGAGCAGCCAUCCUGAUGAUCUUCAGGCUGCAAACCGGCUGAUCAAGAAUUUGGUCAAGGAGGAACAAGAAAAAUCAGAAAAGGUGUCCAAGAGAGUCAGUGCUGUGGAGGAGGUACGGAGCCACGUGAAGGUGCCGCAGGAAAGGCUGAGCACGUACCGCAGGCCAGGGCAGGCCCCGCCAGACCAGGCAGCCCUGCAGGUCGUGUACGAGAGGUGUGAGAAGCUGCGGCCCACCCCGUUCCGGCUGGCAAGCGAUACCACCGAUGACGACGAUGCACUCGCGGAGGUUCUCCAGGCAAAUGACCUCCUCACCCAGGGAGUUCUGCUGUACAAACAGGUGAUGGAGGGCCGUGUCACCUUUGGGAACACAGUGGUCAGCUCUUUGGGAGACAUACCUGUCUCCAGAGUGUUUCAGAAUCCAGCAGGCUGCAUGAAGAACUGCCCCCUGAUUGACUUGGAGGUGGACAGUGGGCCCGAGCAGGCUGGGACUGUGGCGCCAUCUAUACUGCAUCAGGACCUGGCAGCCUUAGGGAUCAGUGAUGGCCCAGUUACCAAAAAGGUUGCGAGUCAGAAUUGCGGUCAGGAAAAGAGGAACCCUACCACCAGCACGCUGCCGGGUGGUGGUGUUCAGAGCCCUUCUGCGGAAAGGAACUUGCUGGAUCUCCUCUCCCCACAGUUGUCUCCGGGACCUCUGAAUUAUAUUCCGCAGAAAAGUAUCCCCAAGGAAGUGCCACCAGGUACUAAGUCCUCUCCAGGUUGGUCCUGGGAGGCUGGCCUAUUGGCUUCUUCUCCGUCUUCCCAGAAUACACCUCUGGCUCAAGUGUUUGUCCCUUUGGAGUCUGUUAAGCCCAGCAACCUGCCUCCUCUUAUCGUGUAUGACCGGAAUGGAUUCAGAAUUCUACUCCACUUUUCCCAGACUGGGGCCCCUGGCCACCCAGAGGUUCAGGUGCUACUGUUGACCAUGAUGAGCACGGCCACCCAGCCUGUCUGGGACAUCAUGUUUCAAGUAGCUGUGCCAAAGUCAGUGAGAAUGAAACUACAGCCAGCGUCCAGCUCCAAGCUUCCUGCUUUCAGUCCUUCGAUGCCUCCAGCAGUGACCUCUCAGGUGCUGUUGCUUGACAGUCCACACAAAGAGCCCAUCGGUUACGGUAUAAGCUGACAUUCAACCAGGGUGGACAGCCUUUCAGCGAAGUAGGAGAAGUGAAAGACUUUCCAGACCUGGCAGUCUUGGGUGCAGCCUAACUCCUC